UCCCAUCCAACCCAGGGCUUCUGUGCGCGUGGCCACAGCGCCCCUCCGUGUCACGACAGAGCAACCCUCCACCGGAUUGGCUGAGCAGUUGUCAGGAGUGUUUAUAGGAAACAUGGCUUCUCAGUCUGUUGGAGAGCUUCAAGAUAUGGAGGUGGACCGAAGGGGCGAGUCCGAGGAGUCUGGUGAUGAUGACAUCAGGAGGAAGAGCAUCAAUGGCGAUGUUGACCCCAAUCAGCCCUCCACCACAAGUAAAGAAGAGUCCCCUGUUGACAUGGACACUAUAACCUUGGAUCCAGAAGAAGAGGAUGUUGAUCUUGUUCAUUGUCGUAUUGGAAAAAUUGAAGGACUUGAGGUGCUACAAAAGGCCAAAACACUCUCCUUACGACAAAACCUAAUCAAAAAGAUAGAAAACCUUGACAGUUUGAGUUCACUGCAGGAACUAGAUCUCUAUGACAAUCAGAUACGCAAACUGGAGAACCUUCACAGCCUCACAGAUUUAGAGCAGCUCGAUGUGUCGUUCAACGUUUUGAGGAAGGUGGAAAAUUUGGAGCAGUUGACACGGCUGAAGAAGCUUUUUCUGCUUCACAACAAAAUUAGUGCAAUUGCCAACGUGGACCACCUCUCAGUUCUGGAGAUGCUGGAGCUGGGCUCUAAUCGCAUCAGGGUCAUUGAGAACCUGGAUGGACUUUCAUCUCUGCAAAGUUUGUUUCUUGGUACCAAUAAAAUAACGAAGCUCCAGAAUCUGGAUAGUUUACACAACCUGAGUGUUUUAAGCAUCCAGAGUAACAGGAUUACUAAAAUUGAGGGGCUGCAGAAUCUUGUCAACCUGAAAGAGCUCUACCUGAGCCACAAUGGCAUUGAGGUCAUUGAGGGCCUGGAAAAUAAUAAAAAACUUACCACACUGGACAUCGCUGCUAAUCGAGUGAAGAAAAUCGAAAAUAUCAACCAUUUGACAGAGCUGCAGGAGUUUUGGAUGAACGAUAAUCAAAUUGACAACUGGUCAGAUCUUGACGAGCUGAAGAACGCCAAGACUCUGGAGACGGUCUAUCUGGAGAGAAACCCCCUACAGAAAGAUCCGCAGUACCGAAGAAAGAUCAUGCUGGCGUUGCCGAGCGUUCGCCAGAUCGACGCUACCUUCAUUCGCUUCUGAGCUGCAGUGUAUGGUCCACCUGCCAACCUCAUAGUGUUCCCUCUCACCUCCCUGCCUGCCCUGCCUACAAAUACACCUUCUAAAACACAUCAGCCUCACCAUAUCAAAUGUAGUCACUCCAUACACAAUAUACAUUCCAACACAAACUCCCCCUGGCUCUCAUAACAACAUAUAUGCAUGUAUGCACUCAUUCAAACCUUGAUCUAUACUGUUGCGUGGAAACUUUGAUUUAUUAAGGUGGAACUGUGAAAAUGAAAAACUACCCUACACUCAUAUCUUUAUUUUUCAUUUGCACUUUGUUUCUUUUUUUGUUUGAGGGAUACACCUUGAAUCCUCCAUCAUUCAGCACCCGUCUGGGAAAUCGGGAAUAAGUCUAUGACCGUAUUAUUGAACUUGCACUCAUGCCAUGUUGUAGGAAAAAUGUGGCAUUCUCACUAUUGUAGGGACUUUCUUUUAACUGUUGUUGGUAGGAUAGAUGCUGUUAUCAUAAGCUAUAUAAUGAACAAUAAACAAUCUUAUCAAAGGCAACAUGAAAAAGGAAGCCACUUAACCAUAUAUAGAUACAUGCACACUUUACUACAUAGUUGUUUUUUUUCCUCGGUUUGGCUUCAAUACGUUUUUAAACUGUGCUGUUCCAGGAAUCAAACCUGACAAUGAAAUAUACUUCAGUAAAGCCUUAAAGCCAUUUUGAUUUGAAGCAGCUCAUAAAAUUAACUCCACAGCUGAUAGACCACACACACCAACUAGCAUAAUUAAGACUUAGGGUGUAUCUUGGUGUAGAGCCGCCCUAUCUAUUCCUUAUCUAAAUGUUUUGCAGCUCCUAGAUUCCUUUGCUGAUUAACAAGAGUGACCUCUGCAGUAAAAUAAAUCAGAAUGUAAAAUCAUCUGUGUUCAUAAAGGUGGUUUUGUAAUCAGUGGUAGUCUUUUUUUUAAUACAUUAUAUACAUCACUGAUUACAGCCGUUACUCUCUCUAGAAAUAUGUUUAUAAACUUUAUGUGAACAGGUAACAGUAAGAUGUAGAUUGCAUUUGAAUAGAAUUUAUAUUCUAAUGUCUUUACUAUUCUCACAAAGUGUUUACUAAUGUAAGAUAAGAUACUUCAUUUUUUCAGACAAUUUCAAGCACAUUUGGAUUUUGGAAGCGCUUAAAGACCAGGGCACUUCAUCAUCUUAAUUCAUCACUGUUUGAUCCAAGCAAUAUUGUGGCACCUGCUCCAAAAAAAAAAAUAUAUAUAUAUAUAUAUA